AUGGGUUCUUGUGAAUCAGAGUAUUGUUUUAUUGAACGUAAACCAACUGAUGAGAGAGGUCAUUAUCGGAUCACAAAAGGUUGCAUCAGAAGGCCACCACGUACACAAAUGGGUUGUGAUUAUGAUCAUUUUCAAGAUCAUAUUUUAUGCAUUUGUCAAGGUGAAUUUUGCAAUGAUAUGAUUUAUAUAAGACCAAUGCAUCGUCAAACUGUUACAUGUCGAAAUUGUUCCGAUCGUCAACCGGAUUGUGGUGAAAUAUGUCGAGGACAGUGGUGUCAUGAGGAUUCUAUAACCGGAGCAGCUGGUUGUGGUUAUGGACCACCAUCGUUACCUUAUUUUUAUAAGGGACCUGAAUUGUUAUAUUAUCGAACACGAAUGUGUGUUACUGUUAGUAGAGGUUCUGGUAUACCACGAAAACAUUGCAUCUGCAAUACAAAUAAUUGCAACGUAGCUUAUAAACGUUCCACGUCAUGGAAUCAUUUAGAAGGAACUACUCGAAUACGAUCACUUUUUGUAAAUCAAAAAGAAAAUAACUUUCCAUCCGAGUUAUAUCAAUGUGUUAAUUGUGAAUUAAGUACGGAAGAUAUUAGGAUGACAGCAUCAUGUAAACAAAAUCAAUGCAUUGGACAUUAUUGUACCUUUGCGACACAAAGGUUAUUUAUCAGUACAAAACAAUUUCGACAACAAAAAUCAAUCUUAAAUGAGCGACAAGGAUGUAUCAAUGUUACUGAUAAUCAUCAUAUUCAACUUGGUUGUUCGCAUAAAUGGAUGAGUAAUGAAGAGGAAGAAUUGCAUUGUGCAUGUAUCGGUGAUCAUUGUAAUCGUGAUCUAGCAACAGCAAGUCUUAAUCGAUCAAAUCAAUUAAGCUUAAUUAUUAACAAACUUAUUGUUCUAAUAAUUAUUUGUUUAAUUGUCACUCAAAAUUUAUUAUCAUAA